GCAGGCACCUCGCAUCCUGCACAUCUUGCCUGGCAUCCAAAGUCAAGAUGUCUGCGGAAAACCCCAAAAAAGAUACAGAUAAAAGCAUCACGAUCUGGCCGCAAUGGCUAGCUGCUUGUACACUCAGCUUAGCUGUUAUCGGAAGUGGUCUCGCGAAUGGUUGGGUAUCGCCGUACUUGGCUCAACUGACAUCAACGGAAGCGAACAUGCCUUUGAGACUGACAGAUACCGAAGCGUCCUGGGUUGCUUCCCUUUUAAAUCUUGGUCGCCUUGCCGGGGCUUUGCUCAGUGCAGUGUGUCAAGUUUCAUGA